UCCCCUGGGGCAGCGAGCUAAAGCGUGCAUUAGCCUCCGAAACUAACGGACGCCACUAUGAUUGCGCACUACUGGUUGCCAUUCGGCCACUAGGAAUGCGUAAUAACUUCUCAUUCCGAUGAGUAUUCCGAAAUCUUCUCCUUCCCUAACUCUCCAAUUUUCAGUCAUUCUCAUCCAUCUUUAUCGGGCCUAGAAUCUUUCGCGGAACUCUUCUUUUUUUCUUCUUUUCUUGUGGCUACCAAGAAGUUCAACGACUAAUAUUUGUUUUUUAACAUUUAUUUUUACAUCGGUUUUUGUGAUAUCGAAUCUAUCUGACUUGCUGGUAUGUAUUCAAGGGGCUUGCGUUUGGACAACCGGAGUUAUAAUGUUUAUCUCUUUUGGUAUUUGUUUGAUAUUUAAAAAGGAUUUUGAGGCUUUCGUUGAAGAAAUGGCAUUUUGUGAUCGAGCUUUAGACAUACCACUUGUAAAUUCAGUUAUAUCUUUAGCUACUACGACGGGUAAACUCCACGAGUUGAAAAACCUAGUACUUACUUCGCAAAUAAGAGUUUUUAAGAUAACCAAAAUGUUAUUAAAGACAUACGUCGCAAGUGUUUGGUUAUGCGCUACAUUAUAUCUUUGUGGACCGAUUUACAUGAUGACUAUAAGGGAAGACGAAAAUUUACGACUUUUAGCGUUUGAUAUGUGGUUUCCAUGGAGCUUGGAUGAUUUUAAUGUGUACAUUGCGUCAUUCAUAUUUCACGCAUAUACUGGUUAUUUGUGUUGCAUAGCAUAUCCCGGUCUCCAGGCAAUGAUAAUUUUGCUCGUCUGUCAAGUGAUUCGACAACUACAAAUAAUAACAUUCAUAGUGACUUAUCUAGAUGACAUGGUUCUAGAAGUGAUUGGUACUAGAAAUGAGAUGUGGCAAGUCGCUUGCACAUCAGUUUUAUCACAAUGUAUUCAUCAUUAUGUUAGAACGAAACGAUUCGCCAAUCGGCUUAAUGUUAUUUGCCAGCCAUUCUAUUUGGCUUUGAUACUGGUCGCUAUCAUGCUGGUCUGUGUAUGUUCGGUGAAGAUUGCAGUUUCUCCUAAACUAGCAUUGGAAACGUUAAAAUACUACAUUCAUGAAUUUUGUUUUAUUCUUGUUGUAUUCAUGUUUUGCGCGUUGGGACAGCAGGUUGAAAACCAGUGUGAAAAACUAGAAUUAGCAGUGACAGAGAAAUGGUACAUAUUUAAUCGGAAACAUAAAUUCAACGUCUUAGUGUUCAACAUGGCCCUCAGUCAAAGGAUGCCUAUAUUCGUAUUUGGAUCUAUACCACUAUCUCUACCUACAUUCACAUGGUUCAUCAAAACGGGAAUGUCAUUUUUCACUUUAGUGAUGUCAGUGUUAGAAACAUAGACACGAUCAUCUCUCAAAUAUUAUGAAAUAUAGUAGUCUAGUAUUA